CGAGAAGGUGGGCUACCAAGUCGGGCUGGUGAACACGGGCCAGGAGGGGAUCCUGAAUGCGCGUUCAGACAGUGCCGCUGCUUACUACUGUAUCCCCCCGUGGGGGGACUUGCUCAGCACCUGUUCGUGGUGUCCCCUACGAACCCGCAGCUCAUGCCCUGCGUCCCUGGUAUUACACUGCCUCCAGGGGACAGAGGAGAGUCUGCGAAGCCGAGAUUGAGCGGGUGGUUGCUGGAGGUGGCCCUUCGGGGGUCCUCCUUGGAGGAAAAGGAGCUCGUGGCCGCUGAUAGAGGUCUGCGGACCUCUUUAGAGGUAGAGGAACUCCAUACUACCACU